UACGAACAUAAAAAGCAUGCUGAACGACUCCAACAAGCUACAAAGUUAGCACGCCAGGUCUUUGGCGUAGACGACUUUCACUUUGUUGGCAGAAAUUUUCAUGGUCCUAGUCCGGCUGAGGAAAUCGUUGAUGCUCGAAAGAUCGUAGACAAAAUAGCAACAAGAUACCAAAGAGCGCAUAUGAUGCACCUAGAAUUGUGUGGGACAGCUUGAACAUGAACUUGAAGCUUUCCUCGGGCAACAUGCGUAUAAUUUUCAAAUCUAGAAGUAAGUUCUACAGCAACGUAAGUAACAAAAACAGUUGCAAAUGCUGGCGCGUCCUCAACAUCGUCUCCCCUUCCGCUUACGUGGUUCAAUUGAAGAGUGUACUCUUCCACUUUGAAGAAGAACUGCGCAUCCAGCUCUGGUAGAAAUUAACGAGGUCGUACGUAACCCAAUCGAGUUCAUCGACAUCAGAAAUUGUACCGAAAAUCUGACGUCAUAGAUCAUAGAGAAGUGCCUCUGCUCGUGCUGCCACGUAAAACUCAUAGAAUAGUGCAGAAGUUAGCUGUUCUUCAUCUAGUAGGCGUAAUUGUAGUUGUUGAAGCUCUGAACAUCAGUCAAAGAUCAAAUUAUUGAAAAAAAUGGUCACCGCUACCGCAACAUCUUCCGUACAAGAACCUCUGCUGGUCCCAGCAGUCAGCGAAGUACAAGAACCUCUGCCGCAACAAGCCACGUUGUACUUCGCUGACUGGGAUGCGGAUUCUGCUGCUCUAAAGCGAAGCCUAGACGACAACAAGUCGAGUUCGACAACGUCACUUAUUCUCAAAUUUGCCAAUGUGGAUGAUUUGGAUGCGGACCUCGAUGACUUAUUCCCAGACGCUGGCGCGGAUGACCUAACACUGCCGUUUGUUACCUUGAAAGAAGGUUCUGUAGACCUUUUUCUGUCGAGAAAAGAGUUGUGGCCUUGCGGUCUCAAGGUUGGUGGCAGUGGUGGGAGUGAGAUUUAUGCUGGAAGAAAAUGAAUUAGACUUUGACCUCGUACUCGUUGUGCUGUGGAAAUAUCUUUCCCUGUGCAGUCGUCUCUUUCUAUGAUCUUCAAGACAGUCAUCUAAUUCCCGUCCACUUCCUCCCAUUACUAAUUCCCAGCCUCGCAAUUUUUCGCAACUUUGUCGAAACAAGGAGCGCUUUCGGCAGCUCAAGACAAAUACCGACAAGCAGCUCUGGGCAAGGAUAUUGUUGGUGGUGCAGUGGCAGGUUGUUGUAAUCCUGGCCGUGACUACAAGGCGGUCUCGCUGCAAUUGGGUUUAAGGCGCCACUGGACUUGUGAUGAUAAUUUAUAGGGGUGUCCGGUCCAGGAUGGGAUGGAACGGAUGGACCUCCCACCAUUUCAAGUAGGGCUAUCAAGUUAUUCAUUGAUCGCGAAUUACUUCCCGCCGUUACUUCACACGAUGAUCUUUCUAGUUUCUACUACAACUGGCGUAUUAUUACCAAUUUACUUAAAUCCUCCGAGGGGGGAUUAUCCUCGUGUUCGCCCAUGAUCCCGUCAUCUUCUAACAACCUAUUCCGAAGCCGAUGUGCAGGAGGAAGCAAACCUUGGCCUCGGGUGUGGCGACCCACGCUCGUUCGCGAAAUUGCAGACGGGUGAGACAGUGAUGGACCUGGGUAGUGGACCAGGAUUCGACUGUUUCCUAGCAGCAGACGUGGUAGGCGAGACAGGUUUCGUCAUCGGCGUAGAUAUGACGCCAGAAAUGAUCCAGAGAGCAAGAGAUGCAGAAAAAACGAGACGGAAGAAAAGACAACUACUAGAUCUAGAGGGACAGGGAGGUCCUCAAUCUACUUUAAAUGGAGAUCCUCAGAACUGUUGUCCUCCAUCUUCAAAAAAAGCCAAAGCUCAAAAAUCCUCUUCAUUCGCACCAGUGGAGUUUCGUCUGGGAGAACUCGACAAUCUACCGUGUGGCGACAGCUUGGUCGAUGUGGUCAUCUCGAAUUGCGUUAUCAAUCUAUGUACGGAUAAGCGACGCGUGUACCGCGAAAUUGCAAGAGUUCUGAAGCCAGGGGGCCGCGUGGCCAUUAGCGAUAUCGUCAAGCUGUCGGAGGACGAAUUGUUAAGAUUGAGAUCACCUUGAACACUUUUCCAAUUUUUGUAAAUAUAAGUAAACAAUAACAACUUCAACUAAAAAUACUAAGUACCUUCAUCACAUCGUCAGCUACUUCCUCACCUAUGAUCUCUAAAUCUACCAGCCGCCUUGAAGAGUGCCGAAAGCUAUGCUUGCUGAGUCGGGGGCGCGGCUGGGUCCUCGAAGGUACAAGCCGAUAUUGAGGCUGCUGGAUUCGUCAACGUUUCUGUCCUAGUCAAAGAGGAAAGUCGGGAUGUCAUCGCCGGAUGGCUCCCUGGGUCCGGUGCUGAGAAAUACGUUGCUUCCGCACAAAUUACUGCGACGCUGCCUAAAUAGAGAACAUUCUUGCUGGAUGAAGAUGUCACUAGAAGUAGAACUAGAAGUAGUCUAUUGAAGGAGUAGAGAACAUGAUUGCGUGAUGAUGUCACUAGAAGUAGAAGUAGUCAUCUAUUAGAGCAGGAGUUCUUAAAAAUCUUAUUAGGUAGUCUUUGUGAAUGUGAUUGUGAGGAAGCAGCACGAGCAGAUGAAGUAGAUGUGAAAAACAACGAUCUUCCUGCCGCGAAGACUGUAAACCAUGAUGCAAACCAUGCAUCGACCUACACAGGAGGAGGCUUUUGAACCCCUAGGUAGCGUCGAUUAGAAGUAGAGAUGCUUACUUUGUCUCCAUCGUCUUCAUCCUUCAAUUUUGCCAACAACACAGUAGAUUGAAUAUUUUUAUUUGUGCCUUUUCAUUGCGUGAAGACAAUCUUGAUUUCCUUCGCUCCCUUUCAGUGGCUUCAUCUCUAAUGUCACUAGAAGGACGCAGAUUGUCUGAUUUUUUGAUGAUAUUACUCAAUGAAUUACAAAGAAGUGUCGAAAAUAGAAGAUAGACGUCAGAUGAUGGGUGUCGUGCUUGUCAUAUAUAUUACCUUUACGUAAUGAAAGUACAAGUAGUGGAAGAUAGCUGUGCAAGAGGUGCUCAGUCAGUUAUCCCUGACCUCCUCGCGCCUCUGCUUUUUUUCAGUUUUUUCAGGUUCGUAAUUGUACCCUCCCCCCCCUGUUUUUUCUGAUAGUACAUGAUAGACUGAUUGCUGCUCAGCAAGUAUUCUACCUCUAGGUCUUGAAUAGCUCACUUCGAGCACUGUUAUCUCCGCUGCGAAGCUUAUUACCUUUACAUAAUGAACCAGGCGAAGCCGGUCCUAUCCCCCUAUUCAUUGAUCUUCUGAACAAACAGCUCUUGUUGGUCCGUACCUUCUUCAUCUAGCCGGAUGCUGAACUUGUCUUCACCUGAGCUUAACCUGAUACACGCAGUCAUCAAGAAUCACUAUCAAUCCUG